CUUGCUGUGGACUGGCCCACAUUGUCAUACAUCAAACUCACAAGCAGCCGGAGGACCAGAACUCGUCCGUUUGUGCUUCUGCAACCACGCUGGCUGAUACAAUGAGCUGGUUGGAUGUGAUCGCUCACCUGCUGUGGAUGGUAAUUACGCUGCUGCUGUGGAUGGUGGUGCGCUCACAGCGGAGAGGACCCUGGGACCCACGUGCUUGUCCCACGCAGCUCAAAGGGAAGACGGCGAUCGUGACAGGGGCCAAUUCAGGGAUCGGAAAGUUCAUCGCCAUGGACUUUGCUCGCAGGGGUGCCCGUGUCAUUCUGGCUUGUCGAAGUGUGUCCCGUGGGGCCGCAGCGGUGAAAGAAAUUCAAGCAAAAACAGGAAACCCUGACGUCCAUGUGCGUCCGGUGGACCUUUCUUCUCUGGACUCUGUCAGAGAUUUUACUAAAAGAAUUCUGGAGGAAGAAAGCGCCCUUCACAUCCUCGUCAACAAUGCUGGAGUAUCAGGUUUACCCCGGCAGAUUACCAAAGAUGGACUUGAUGUUUCUUUCGCAACCAAUCAUUUGGGGCCAUUUCUUCUCACCAACCAGCUUGUUGACCUGAUGAAACACUCAGCUCCAGCACGUAUUGUCACCGUCAGCUCUGUCAACCACAAAAAGGGUGAAGUGGACUUCUCUCAUUUUCACGGGGAGAAUGUAACUUACGAGCUUGAUCGGGUUUACAAUCACACCAAGCUACACAAUAUCAUCUGCACGAAUGAGUUUGCACGGAGGCUUCAAGGAUCAGACGUCACCGCCAAUUCAGUCCACCCUGGUAUCGUCCUGACGGGAAUGAUGAGGCACUAUCCCUUCAGAAUUCGUUUUAUCUUCAGCCUCAUUGGACAGUUCUUUUUCAAGUCGGCAGAGGAGGGGGCAGUCAGCGUCAUUUACUGCGCCGUUUCAGAGGAAGCAGAAGGCAUAAGUGGAAAGUAUUUUGACAGCGACUGCUCCCUUGUCCUCCCCGCCCCUUUAGCCCGAGACACAGCCCUGGCAGUCAAGGACUUUGAGAUCUGCGAAAGACUGACAUCCAAGCUGUGAAACAAUGCUUCUCCUGAUAACAGAAAGGAGCUCCACUUUCAUGUAUUGUUGUUCAAGUGACUGGACAGGCUUUCGAGCACUCAGGUUCAUUCAGUUAUAUUUAAUGCAACUUUGCAUUAUAUAUACUGGAUACUGUUUUAAAACUUUAAAUAUUGUAAAGGGUUUGAAUUUCAAUAUCUGAUUGAUAAUAGCAGGGUUUUUGAAACUUGGACCAUAAGACAUUUAUCAAUAUAAAAUCAAGGCAGCAUUACAAAUGAAAGUGAGCUACAUAAAAAUGAUCCUUGUAGCGAUUGUUACAAAAAAAAGAAUUAAUUGCAAUUUUCUAUUACUAUUGCGCAAUAUUUCAGAACAGGUCUGAGGUUGGUGUGGAAAAUACAACAUAGGCUCUAUUUAGUUAAACAGUUUUUUUCCCUUUAUUGACUAAUAUAUUAAAAGAAAAUACAAGAGCAUUCAUUCUUUGACGAAUUCAUACAGCAUUUUUAUCUUCUGUUCCCCAGCACACUACUCAACUCUAAAGACAAAAAAUGGGAGACAACCCAAUUAUUAUUAUUUUGAAGUUUUUGCAUGAGAGUCAUCUUUGGUUCAUGAAGUCACUUAAAGGUCAAGAAAGAGUUUAGUUCUGGAAACAGUGAAGUACCUUACCGUUGCUACAUUUCAUGGAUGAGCUCCUCGAGCACAGGAGCGACAUGGUCCAGCUGUUUGGGUGAAAGACGCACGGUGAUGUCCACUGUUUUGUCCUGUACGCAUGCACAGAGAAUUAACAUUUCAUAUUACACAACACAAUGGCGGCGUCUGUCGUUCACGCACUGGAUUUCCACCAUGCUCUACUUGGGGAAGCUGUUGGACGGCAACUUCCUCAAACUGGCCGUCCUCCGACCGAGGCUCCAUGUCCUUUCUCCCCUCGCGCUCCUGGAGAGCAGACACCCAAACACAAAAUAUUUUGAUUAAUGAACUGGUUUUCCCAAACUAGUUUCAAAUGACUUAUUCAAAUACAAUACAAUCAUCUUACUUUCAUCAGCAUCAUCUCCUUGGGACUGAAGAAGGUGAUGUGUCCUUGUGUCCUCUCAACCAGCAACGCCACAAGGCACGCCAGUACCACGCAGACAGCAACAGCUCCACGCAUGCUCAAUCCGCUCAGUGCUGGGAAAAUGUAAAGAUGAACAAGCUCAUUGGAUCUCAUCAACUCGAACACUUGUGUGGGAGAGUCACUGCUUCAUACACGCUAGAAGAAAUACAUUCCUGUGGCAAUCAUGACAAGACAAAAGAAGUAAACGAUAAAAUGUUGCAUGCU